AUGUGUGGAAUUAUCGGAUUCGUUCAAGCCGAUAAUGUGGAUGUCACAGGAAGUCUACCUGUGCUUGCUGCGGAUGGGCUAACGGCUCUUCAACAUAGGGGCACAGAGUCGGCUGGUCUGGUUGGUUCUAAUGGCCGAGAUCGUUUCCACUUUGACAUUAUCAAAGGACAUGGGUUAGUUCGAGAUGUGAUGACACAGGAGAAUAUUAACAAGCUCGAAGACAGCGUUAUACUUAUUGGACAUAACCGUUAUUCAACAGCGGGCAAGAAACAUCCUGCUAUCAAUUGUGUUCAACCAUUUGUCGUUUAUACUGCUGUAGGGAGUAUUGCCAUAGCUCAUAAUGGAGAGCUCGUAGACGUCAAAGAAAAACGUUUAGAGGCAAUGCAUCAUGGUGUUGGAUUAUCAAGCGAUACAGAUUCCGAACUGAUAGCACAAAUGAUCGCUAAAGCUAUUGCGUUGAAUUACAAAUGCAGGAAUGAAGAAAACUAUGGAGAUAUCAGUAAAGAGUUAGCUGUUACAAUGUCAGCUAUCAAUAUGUCUUAUUCAUUGGUGGUGAUGACCUAUGACCGAAUGUAUGCUAUAAGAGAUCCUUACGGAAACCGGCCACUGUGUGUGGGCACUGUUUAUGAUAAGCAAGGAGAUCCUCUUGCGUAUUGUGCUGCAUCUGAAAGUUGUGCACUACCUGGUCGUGGGAAACUAAACUUCGAAGUACAACCAGGAGAAAUAAUUGAAAUAAGCAGAAGUGGAAUUCGAUCGGUUUGUCAGAUGCAACCUCAAACUCCACAAGCUAUGUGUAUUUUCGAAUAUGUGUAUUUCUCUCGAGGCGAUACAGUUCUAGAAGGACAGCAGGUUCAGAGUGUUAGAGAAGAGUGUGGGCGUAUUCUAGCUUCUGAAAGUCAUGUCGAAGCCGAUGUGGUAUCGAACGUACCAGAUUCUUCUACUGCUGCGGCAAUAGGCUAUUCAGAGAGAUCUGGAAUACCAUAUCGACCAUGUCUACAUCGGAACAGUUAUGUUGGGCGAUCCUUCAUUCAGCCCAACAAUCAAAUGAGACAGUCAGCAAUAUAUAAUAAAUUCGGAAUUCUACGUCAAAGUGUUAGUGGAAAGAGAAUUGUUCUGAUUGAUGACUCAAUAGUUAGAGGGAACACAAUGAAAAUAUUAGUAAAAAUGUUUAUUGAUGCUGGAGCUAAAGAGGUCCAUCUUAGAAUAGCAUCUCCUCCAGUAAAACAUCCUUGUUUUAUGGGCAUCAACAUACCUACAAAGGAAGAACUGAUCGCUGCAGAGCACAGUUUGGACGAGAUUCGUGAACACGUUGGCGCUCAUUCUGUACGCUACUUAUCCGUAGAAGGAUUGAAGAAAGCUGUCCAAUCACAAAUACAAAAGAGAGCUAACUUUGAGGUUGGACAUUGCACUGGUUGCCUGACAGGCAAAUAUCCUGUAAAUAUUGAUUUCUGA